GUGCGCUUCCGCUCGCCGUAGCCAAUGACCACCCAUAAAAUUCCCGGAUAAUGGUUAGUCAUAGAGAAGAAAACGCCUUAUUCCAAGCUGACACUUUAUUCACGCUGCGCGUAUACGGCCCCAACUUUAAGGCAGUCGAGCCUUCGCAACUUCCAUCAUUCCAACUUAUCUACACUCUUGGAAGGACUGAACCCCAAAUCUCGAGCAGUUCUCCGCAGUCAUGGACGUCACUCAAUCCUCCACUCCUCCCGUCCCUCACUCAUGCGAGUUCUGCAGUCGAUUAGUACUCGCCACUGGAGAUGAGCAUUGGUGGGAGAAGCAGCUGGAGCCUGUUUCUGAAGAUAGUGAAGGGGAGAAAGCCCUCAGCAAACGUGUUAGGGAUUGGAUUUGCGAGCAGCUGGAAAUUGGAUCCCGAAAGUGGGCUGGAGAUGCUGGUACAGAUCACGCGGCUCACGCGAAGUACGAUACUUCUAAGGCGGCCGAUGGAUUCGACGUGUCCGACAGACCCGGUCAAGAGUUUCCACGAUUGGAAGUGUUGCGUUCGCUUUCAGGAAUAUAUAUUCUCGACUGUACCCUAUCAGAGGCGAGACUUAAUUCUUCCAAGGAAUGCCUCUUUUGCUCUUAUUUCUUGAAAGAUUGGCGACACCAUGAAGAAGAAAGCACAAGCCCAGAUGGCUUUAUCGUAGCAACGGGGAACAGGUCUGGACUUGAUGAAAAGUGUGAACUUAGGCCAGGAAUUCUCGAGCGGGGAAUAUUGGGAUUAGAAUUUACUAAAGAUGACCCAAGUCGCCACCAUUUCUUCUUCAAAUUUAAACCCAAGUCUCAUCGCGGAUUUCUGAAACUUUUCGCCGCUGCAGGUUAGUAAGACUGGUUCCCUGGUUUUGCAUCUGACAUAUGUCGUAAAUUCACUGACUAGCAUUAUCCCAGACAAUUGUGCAGCCCUUGAAGUUCCGAACAGAUAUAUCAAUAUCCACCCAGGAUCGGAGAGUUCUUUUGCUAUAGCUAAGACAUGGCUACGAAACUGUUUAGAAACACAUCCAAAUUGCUCAUUACCCCGGCUCAACUUUGUUCCAACCCGGC